AUGCAAACAUUUACGUUGGAAGUGGUGGUUGACUCCAUCCAGGGAUGGGGCCGGGUUCGGCGCGGCUCAACCCAAGAUGCUGACAAGCAAGAGACAAGGCAUGAGCCUGCGUUGGUCUUGAGACUGUUGGACUUGGACCCAGUGAUGAUCGAGGCAGAUUCUGCGACGGCAAUGCCCAAAGGAUUUGCUUGCUUCAACGGCAAGGGUAAGGCUUUGACCUUCGAACUUCCCUGUGGAAUGCUUGAGCAAACUCUGCCGUUGUGGCUCAUGGCCUUGGAUUUGCAGCCUGUGGACCGUGACUCUGAUGCCAGGAGAGCAGUGCUGAUGUCAUCUUCUUGCGUCAACUUGGCCCACGAGGUGUCCAGGGCAUUGUUGCAGCGGAGCUGUGCAGCCCCAACGGUGUUCCAGCGCCUUCGUCUCAGGCCGGGACUUGUGGUUUGUAUGCAGCAACAGCGCGGCCCGUUGGCACGGAGGUGGGUGGUUGAAGAAACAUAG